AUGCUAUUCAUAGUUUUAUUAUUUUACCUAGGUGUUCCGUACAAUCAGCCAAAACUUUGUGCAAAUGCAUCGUGGAAUUCCACAGCGGUAACGUUUGCGACUAGCGCAACGGUUGGUACAAAUCCUACUGCUAUGUUUGUCAGUUUAAAUAACAUCGUUUAUGUCGCUGAUCAGUUAAAUAAUCGGAUCCAAGUAUGGUUUAACGGCAAUACGACACCCACAAGAACUAUCUCUGGUGGUUUAAACAAACCUUAUAGCCUUUUCGUCACAGAUAAUGGCGAUAUUUAUGUUGACAAUGCCUAUUCAAAUAUGCGAGUAGACAAAUGGGUAUCAAAUUCAAAUAGUAGUGUUCCAGCGAUGUAUGCUUGUUCACAAUGCAAUGGUGUUUUCGUCGAUUUUAAUAAUAUGCUCUACUGUUCAAUGUAUGGUUCUCAUAAAAUUGUCUCGCAAUCAUUGGAUAAUAGUUUAAAUAUAUGGAAUUUGGUUGCUGGGACAGGUACUGCUGGAACAACACCGCUUACACUUCGUAAUCCUUAUGGUAUCUUCGUCGAUAAUAAUUUAAACUUGUAUGUGGCUGAUGGUGGCAACGAUCGGAUUCAAAAAUUUCUAUCAGGUCAAUUAAAUGGAACAACAAUACCAACAGGAACCAUCACAUUGAAUUUGCCAACUGCAGUUGCUUUUGAUACUGAUGGAUAUCUCUUUAUUGUUGAUAGUAGUAAUCAUCGUCUUAUUGGUUCAAAUGCUUAUGGAUUUCGAUGCAUAGCUGCAUGUUCUGGACAAGGAUCUCAGUCGAAUCAGUUAUAUAAUCCAGUAAUGCUUAGUUUUGACAGUUAUGGAAACAUAUUUGUCAGUGACCAAACUAAUAAUAGAAUUCAAAAAUUUCUUCUCAUCACAAAUUCAUGUAAUGGAACGACAACAAUUACAACUAUGUCUACUAUAACUUCAAUCAAUACUACUCAAUCAGUUCCUCUUGUUACAAACUCGACAACUGCAUCAUCUUCAAAACUUCUUUCGUACAAUCUACCAAAAUUCGUGGCAACUACUUCUUGGAGUGCUAACGGAAUUACCUUUGCAAAUUCGACCAUUGUUGGAGGAUUGCCUUUUAGUCUAUUUGUUGAUACUAACAACACCGUCUAUGUGUCUGUAUGGGGUGUAGGUAGUGUUUAUAUGUGGCGUGAAGGUAGCAACGCACCCACAAGGAAUCUUACCGGUGGUUUAUACGCUCCAUAUGGUAUGUUUGUCGGCAUUAAUGGUGACAUUUAUGUAGACAAUGGUGCAUCAAAUAGUCGCAUCGAUAAAUGGACAACAAAUUCAACCGUUAGUGUUCCAGCGAUGAAUGUGAAAGGCGCGUGUUGGGGAGUUUUUCUGGAUAUUCAGAAUAAUCUUUAUUGCUCAAUGAAUGCACUCAAUCAGGUUAUUGUAAAGUCAAUGACUACAAACUCAAACAUGUGGAGAGUUGCUGCUGGUGCAGAUUGUGCAAUACCAACAACAAAUACACUUUCUGCUCCUCGAGGAAUUUAUGUUGAUACAGAUCUCAAUUUAUAUGUUGCAGAUUGUGGAAAUAAUCGAAUUCAAUUAUUUUUAUCAGGACAACUAAUUGGAAAAACGGUUGCAGGUACUGGAGCAGCAGGAACUAUUGAUCUUUCUUGUCCUACUGGAAUUACUUUCGAUGCUAAUGGUUAUAUCUUCAUUGCGGACUGUGUUAAUCACCGCAUUGUUGCGGCAGGACCGAAUGGAUAUCGUUGUUUAUUUGGAUGUAUAGGCUCUGCUGCUGCAGUGUCAAAUCAACUAUACUAUCCAUCAAGUUUAAAUUUUGAUACUUAUGGAAAUCUAUAUAUUGACGAUGAUUAUAAUAAUCGAAUUCAAAAAUUUCUUAUAAUAAAUACUUUUACUAGUGUGACUGUUAAUCAACCAAAUUUUUGUCCAUCUACAACUUGGUAUACAGCAGGUAUUACAAUUACCAAUAGCAGUACAGUUGGCACACGUCCAUAUGGUGUUUUUCUCAGUAUUAACAAUACUAUUUAUGUAACGGAUCAAGAUAAUGAUCGGGUUGUUAUGUGGUUCGAAGGAAGUAUUAACCCAAAUAGAAUUUUUUCUGGUGGUCUAAAUCAACCAUAUGCUGUUUUUGUUACUCCAAAAGGUGACUUAUAUGUUGAUAAUGGUGUAAGUUAUGGUCGAGUCGAUAAAUGGUCAUCGAAUUUUAAUACAAGUAGUCCUACGUUGACAGUUCCCGAAGAAUGCUGGGGUCUUUUUAUUGAUACUAGUAAUGUUCUUUAUUGUGCAGCAGCUUACGCACAUCGAAUUGUCAAAAGAUGGUUAAAUGAUAAUGUAACGACAUCAUCCAUUAUUGCUGGUACAGGUUCAGCUGGAACAACUGCAACUACAUUGAAUUAUCCUGUAGGAAUUUUUGUUGAUACUCAAUUUAAUUUAUAUGUUGCAGAUUCUGCUAAUAGUAGAAUACAAAUGUUUCCCUUAAACGUAUUUACUGCAGUAACAAUAGUAGGAGCAGCUGCACCAGGCACAAUUACACUUAAUGUUCCAUGGGGAAUUACACUUGAUGCAAAUGGAUAUCUUUUUAUUACUGAUUGUUAUAAUCAUCGAAUAAUCGGAUCAGGACCAUACGGUUAUCGAUGUCUAUUUGGAUGUACAAGUGUUGCUGGUUCUACAUCGACUCAAUUAAAUUAUCCAUCAAGUUUAAGUUUUGAUACUUAUGGAAAUUUGUUUGUUGCUGAUUAUCAUAAUGGUCGCAUUCAAAAGUUUAUUUUAGCAUCGAAUUCAUGUAGUCUUUCUUAUAAUCAACCAACAUUUUGUUCUAAUGCUUUAUGGUAUUCUAAUGCAUCAACUUUUGCAUCAAGUAGUACAAUUGGUUCAUUACCUUAUGGUAUUUUCAUCGAUGGAAUUAAUACGGUGUAUGUAACUAAUCGGGUUAAUAAUACGAUUCCCGUAUGGCCACAAUGGAGUAGUACACCGACAAGAAAUAUUUCUGGUAAUUUGAAUCGUUCAUAUAGUAUUUUCGUUAGUAUUAAUGGUGAUGUUUAUGUGGAUAAUGGAUAUACAAAUGGUCGAGUUGAUAAAUUUACAUUUAAUACAUCAAAUGUAAUUACUGUAAUGAAUGUUAAUGGAAGUUGUUAUGGUUUAUUUAUUGAUAGUAUGAAUAAUUUAUAUUGUUCACUUAAAGAUUUUCAUCAAGUUGUUACACUCUUACUUAAUAAUGGUACAACCAUUCCAACAAUAGCAGCUGGAAAUGGUUCUGCCGGAUCACUAUCAAAUAUGCUUAACUCUCCUCAAGGAAUCUAUGUUGAUAGUAAUUUAAACCUAUAUAUUGCAGAUAGUACUAAUAAUCGUAUUCAAUUCGUACAAACUGGACAAUUAAAUGGAGUGACAAUCGCCGGAAAUGGAUCAUCAACAAGUAUUAUACUCAACUAUCCAACCGGAAUUGUCCUUGAUGCUAAUGGUUAUUUAUUUAUUGUGGAUAGUUAUAAUCAUCGUAUUGUGGGUUCAAGUUCUUCUGGUUUUCGAUGUUUAGUAGGAUGUUCAGGUGGUGGUUCAACAUCUUCUCAACUAUCUUAUCCACAGAGCAUAGCUUUUGAUAGUUAUGGAAAUAUAUAUGUUACUGAUCGAAAUAAUAGUCGAGUGCAACAAUUCACUCUUCAAUCCAACAACUGUAGUAAUUUUUUUUGCGACUAUUCUGAGGAAAGUUCACAAAAUGAAAAUGACAUGAUGCUUGAAUCAUUUGAUGUCAUGUUAAUGUUUUUACAAUACCGACUACUACCACCACUACUACUACUACGAGCAGCAGCAGUACCACUACUAGUACUACUAUUACUACUGCCACCAGUACCACCAGCAGUACUACCACUACCACUACAACAAGUAGCAGCAGUACCACAAGUAGUACUACCACGAGCAGUAGUAGUACCACAAGUAGCACCACGACCACAAGCAGUACUACCUCAAGUAGCACUACUACUACCAUCAGUACCACUACCACCAGUACUACUACUACCAGCAGUGACACUACUACAAGUACCACUACUACUACUACUAGUACUACGACAAGUAGUAGCAGUACUUCAAGUAGUACUACCACGAGUAGCAGUAGUACUUCAAGUAGCACUAGCACCACCACAAGUAGCACUACUACGACUAGCGACAGUACUACGAGCAGCACUACCAGUACUACUACUACCAGCAGUGACACUACUACAAUUAGCACUACUACUACCACCACCACUAGCAGUACUACUACGAGCAGUGAUAUUACUACAAGUAGCACUACCACUACCAGUACUACUACUACGAGCACUGAUACUACCACAAGCAGCAGUACUACUGCGAACAGUGAUACUACAACAAGUAGCACUACCACUACUAGUACUACUACGACCACUGAUACUACCACAAGCAGCAGUACUACUACGACUACUAAUACUACUACAAGUAGCACUACUACUACCACCACUACCAGUGUUACUACUACGAGCAGCGACACUACUACAAGCAGCACCACUACUACCAGCAGUGACACUACCACAAGUAGCACUACUACAACCACCAGUAGUACAUCAAGUAGCACUACUACAAGCAGCAGUACUACAACGAGCAGUAGCAGUACCACAAGCAGCACCACUACAAGCAGUAGUACAAGUAGCAGUACUUCAAGUAGUACCACCACGAGCAGCAGCACUACCUCAACUACCACUACCACCACGAGCAGCAGCACUACCUCAACUACCACUACCACCACAAGUAGCACCACAACCACUACCAGCAGUAGCACUUCAAGUAGCAGCACCCCUACUACCACUAGCAGUACCUCAAGUAGCACUACUACGACCAGUGAGAGUACCACAGUACAAGACUCAACAAUUAUUCCAAGCACGACAUCCAUCACAACUUCUCAACAAUUAG